UACAACACUUACACAACUAUACACUGUGCAGUGUGCACUGUACACUAUUAAUAUGUAAAUUGUACAGUGUACACUUACACUUGACAAUAUGUUCUGUAUUUAACUUCAUUUAAGUUUCUUUAUUUAUUUCAUAGUACCAUUGGCGAUUAAAAAUGGUUCCCAUUUUAAGUACCUACAUUCUGAUAUAUAUGAGCAUUUAGAUAUCAAUAUUCAAUAUUUCAACUUUCAAGCUAAAAUAAAAAUUAAAAUUAUUCAAAUUUCUACUGUGAUAAAACCAUAAUAAAUUACAGUGAUAACCACAAAACUUUGAAAUAGGAAGACGACUUUAUAGCAAUACUUAAGGAUAUUUGAUGUUUUUAUAAAGCUAAUAGUUUACAAGACACUUAUGACGUCACUGAUUAAGUAAAAUAAGUCUGUUUCACACUGCAAAAUUGCUGUGUCCAUGCUUUUUGGACUUUUUGAAAUCAUAACUUGAGUCUAAAAGUCGUCUUCCUGUUUCAGAGUUUUUUUUGUAAUCACUGUACUUUUUGGUUUUCAGUUUGUUAUCUAAUGAUAUUUCUUGAUGGGUUCAUUUUGAUUUGAUUUCAGAAAAGUUUUUGUUUAUAAAUUUUCAAAAAUAAAAUGUCUGACAAGGAGGUUAAAAUCUACAGGUUGGAUGAAGUGAAGGAGCACAACAUUAGCAAGGGAGAAAAGAAAUCUGUCUGGACGAUUAUUCACAAUAAGGUGUACGAUGUAACCCCGUUCCUUGAUGAGCACCCUGGUGGCGAGGAAAUUCUUCUCGAGAAUGCCGGGAUCGAUUCUUCAGAGAAUUUCGAGGAUGUUGGACACUCAAGCGAUGCCCGUGAAAUGCUGGAGGAAUAUUAUAUUGGAGAACUGCACGAAGAUGAUAAGGUUGAAACUGAGAAAGCUAAAGCCUGGGGUCCUGGACCUGUCCCUGUAGAAGAAUCAUCUUGGAUUACAACAUAUCUUAUUCCUAUCUCUGUAGCCCUUGGAUGCGCAAUUCUUUACAGAUACUUUAUGCACUAGAACAGUGAUCAGGGACGCCAUCUUAGUCCAUGGCGAUAUAACCACGUGUUAAUCAGCUGAUGUCUAAAUAUGGCGGACCGUGUUUUUUCCCGGAUUUUUACAAGGGAAAAUUACAUUUAUUAUUAGUCUGGGUAGUUUAUUUAACGAAUUUUUUAAUUGAAUUUUGUAAGGUGCAGAAGGAGGCAUAAUUAAACUAUACUUUACGUUUAUUUACUCGGGAAAAUUCGACUGUGGCAUGACCAUUUUUAUUAUCUAUGCAUAUCUAUUAUUGGUUCCCCUAUAAAAAAUAUGAACACUUCCAUAAAUAAAGGUGUAUAGUGUACACUGUACUUUAAAAUUGCAUUAAUGUCGUCUCCUUAUUCCAUAGUGUUCUGGUUCUCACUGUAUUUUAUAUUUUACAAUAAUUACAAAAUAACUGAUUUGUCAGUUAAAAUAUAACUUGUAUAACAUCUAUAACUAUAUGUAACUCUAAAUGUGUAAAAUUUCAUUGUUUUAGAUUG